AUGAGUUUGAACGAUGCUGGGGAUUCGAAAGUUGAGGACGGGGGGAAGAAUAAGGGAGAUGACGAUGAUUCAUUCGGAAUGGAUUAUUCUAUACGAUUGGUACGUUGGUUGCUAACGCCGUUGGGCGUUUGGCAACUGGUAAAACCAGCAAAUUCAUCGAGAAAAGAAAAAAUAAUGGGAAAUAUAGUGCGACCGAUAGCCUUGAUUUAUAUGCUAUUGGUAAUAAUACCGUUGUUCGCUGAAGUAUUCGCUCAACGAGCGAGCCGUUCGGAAUUAAUAAUGUUAGUAGCCCCCAUUACUUAUCAAUCGUCGAAUUUCAUGAAACAUCUAUUUUUGUUGUUGCGGAGAGAUGUUAUAAAGACGUCGAUGCAACACAUGGAAGCUGAUUGGAGGAAAAUCGAUAACGCCAAGGAUCGUCGGAUCAUGAUCGACAAUAUACGAAUCGGUCAUAGACUCGCGAUAAUUAUCACGUCAUGCAUUUAUUCGGGCUCAACGUUGUACAAUUUCAUUUUGCCUGCCCUAGCGGACAGUUACCUCAACGAAUUCAAUGAAACAAUCAGAGUUCUCAGUUAUCCCGGCGGCGAUCUUUUCUUCAAUGUCCAGGCUAGCGUCGUUUACGAAAUCGUUUUCUUCAAUUAUUACUUAUCAGCUCUUUCGGUUGUUACCGUCAGCAUGGGGCUGUUCAAUCUUGCCCUCGUACUCGUACGGCACACCUGCGGACAAAUUCAAAUCGUCGUCGCGAGACUCGAAGACCUCGUCGAUCCUUCACGAGAAGCAGUUAUCACCGUACUUAUCGAGAAUCCCGUUGCUCUUAUUAUUCAAAGUCACGCCAGAUUAAUCAAAUUUUCCUUGCACAUCGAAAAAAUUUUUAAAGAAAUUUGUGCCCUAGAAGUCAUUUGUGACUCGCUGCUUCUUUGUUUUCUUGGAUAUUAUUGUAUCACGGACGUGGCUAAAAAUGACGCGGUGACGACAUUCACCUAUGGCAUGCUGAUAUCCUCCAUCUCAUUAAAUUUAUUCUUGUAUUGCCAAAUCGGUGAAGUACUCAAGGAAGAGUGUCAAAACUUGGGGAAAACUGCUUACAUGAUCGAAUGGUACAAGCUACCAACGAGAGCGAGCCUCGAUCUCAUUAUGAUUAUGAAUAUGAGUGCUCAGCCCCGUCAGUUAACGGCUGGUGGUAUGAUGGAGAUUUCUAGGAUCAGUUUCGCGAGCAUUAUGAAAACAUCGUUCGCGUAUUUGAAUAUGUUGAGAUCAGUGUGGGGACAAUUCCGACGGCAGGAGAUGUUUGAGAAGAGCAGAGCCGGCAGCGGAAAAGAUAAUUCACGCGGAACGAUGGAUUAUUCCGUACGACACGCGCGUCGAUUGCUGAGACUGCUGGGUGUUUGGGCGCUGGUGGGGAGGCCGGCCUCGUUAUCCAACUUCGAAAUAAUAAUGGGCAAAAUAGUGCGACCGAUAGCCCUAUUUUAUUCGAUAUUAGCACUAUUCCCGAUGUUCGCCGAAGUAAUAGCUCAACGAGCUCCUCGCCAAGAAUUGAUAUCUUUGGUCGCGCCUCUCGCUUAUCAAACCUUCAAUGUGAUAAAAUUCUUUUUCCUUCUUUUACGGGCAGACGCUAUUAAAAUGUCUAUACAACAUAUGGAGAUCGAUUGGCAGAAUAUCGACAACGAUGAGGAUCGUGCGAUUAUGAUUACACAUUUACAAACUGCCAAUGAUUUCGCGAUAUUAAUGACAAUCAUGGUAUACGUGGGCGGAUCAUUGCAUAAUUUGAUUUUGCCGACCCUCGCGGACCCCCAUCUCAACGAAUUGAACGAGACAGUCCGAGUACUUUGUUUUCCUGGCGGCGAUAUUUUCUUCAACGUUCAAGCCAAGGGCGUAUAUGAGCUCGUCAGCGUGACCUAUUGGAUUUCAGACAUGUUCGUUGUCACCAUCAGUAUGUCACUAUUUACCCUUGCACUCAUUCUCGUACGCCACACCUGCGGACAAAUUCAAAUAGUCGUAUCAAAACUAUCGAAUCUCGCUCAUCGUGAACGAGAGCUCCCACUUCUAAUGGAUAAACCGAGCGGCGUUGCUUUUAUUAUUCGCAGUCACGUCAGAUUACUCAAAUUCUCCAUCGAAAUCAAAGAUAUCCUCAAGGAAAUCAUUGCCAUGGAAGUGAUGUGUAACACGUUAAUUCUGUGUUUUCUUGGAUAUGUCAGCAUAACGGACUUUGAUCAAAGUGACCACUUGGAAAUUUUCACUUAUGGCAUGCUAAUAUUCGUAAUUACAUUCACCAUAUUCGUGUAUUGCGAAAUCGGCGAAAUACUCAAAGAACAGUGUCAAAGUGUGGGAGAAACGGCUUAUAUGAUCGAUUGGUACAAAUUACCCGCAAAAACAAGUCUCGCCAUGAUAAUGAUAAUGAAUGUGAGCAGUGCCCGGCCUCGCCAAUUAACAGCUGGAGGUAUUAUGGAAAUGUCUAGGAUUACCUUCGCAAGCAAUAAUAAUUUGAGAAAAACAAAAGUUGAGGCUACAGAUAAAAGAGAACUAGAUUUGCGAGGAACAAUGGAAUAUUCGGUGCGAUACGUCAGGUGGUUAUCAAGAAUAUUGGGUAUUUGGCCAUUGGUUAGUCCGAAUUCAUCGAAAUCGGAAAAAACGUUGGGAAAAAUAACGCGACCGAUAGCCGUGCUUUAUUCGGUAUUGGUAUUACCGCCGAUGUUCGCCGAAGUAAUUGCUCAACGAGCUCCUCGGGAAGAAUUGAUAUCGUUGGUUGCUCCUCUGGCUUAUCAAGCAUUCAACGUGAUGAAACACUUUUUCAUGUUAUUACGAAUCGACAUAAUGAGGACGUCCCUGCAGCACAUGGAGACCGAUUGGCAAAACAUCGACAACGACGGAGAUCGUGCAAUUAUGGUUGAAAGUAUCGAAACCGCUAAUAAACUCGCGAUAAUUAUAACCAUCUCGAUGUAUAUUGGUGGAACGUUACACAAUUUCAUUCUGCCUGCCCUCGACGACAGUUAUAUCAAUGAACUUAACGAAACAAUUAGACCGCUUUGUUUUCCCGGAGGCGACUUUUUUCUCAAUGUCCAAGCUCCCGUCGUUUACGAAAUUGUUUUCGUCACUUAUUGGAUGUCGGACAUGUUCGUUGUCACCGUUAGUAUGACGCUGUUUACACUCGCGCUCAUACUGUUGCGACACACCUGUGGACAAAUUGAAAUUCUAAAUAUGAAUCUCGGAAGACUGGUCGAUGCCAAUAAAAACGCGGAGCUCCCCAUGGAAAAUUCUAUCGCGCCUAUCGUUCGUCAUCAUGCCCGAUUACUCGUUUUUGCCGCGCAUAUAGAGCAAAUCUUGAAGGAAGUUUGCGCCAUGGAAGUGCUUUGUGACCUGCUGAUUCUUUGUUUUCUCGGAUAUGUCUGUAUCAUGGACAUCAGUAACUAUGACCUCACGACAAUAUUUACUUAUGUCAUGCUACUGGCGACGAUCGCAUUUAAUUUAUACUUGUAUUGCCAAAUCGGUGAAGUUCUCAAAGAAAAGUAUCAAAGUGUGGGAACAGCUGCAUAUAUGAUCGAUUGGUACAAGCUACCGACGAGAGCAAGCCUCGAUCUCAUUAUGAUUAUAAAUAUGAGCGCCGAGCCCCGCCGAUUAACAGCCGGGGGUAUGAUGGAACUCUCUAGAACCAGCUACGUAAGCAUCAUGAAAACUGCGUUCGCAUAUUUGAAUAUGUUAAGAACAAUGGCAUGA